GUAACAGAAGCCAGGUCCAGGCUGAACUCUGCUAUGCAGAGAAUAAGUUUGUGUGCCCGAACACCACCCAAGAUCCCCAGAAGGAGGCCAGCAGCAUAUGGGCAAUGAUGGUCAUCGCCCAGCUGCUGGCUGGAAUCGGGACAGUUCCCAUCCAGCCCUUUGGGAUAUCCUACGUAGACGACUUUGCAGAAGCAAACAAUUCCCCGCUCUACGUUGCCAUCCUCUUUGCCAUCGCCGUGUUCGGCCCUGCUUUCGGAUACUUGCUGGGAUCUGUGGUGCUCCGGCUGUUCGUGGAUAUUGGAAGAGUUGACAUUGCUACAGUGACCCUGACACCGAAGGACCAGCGGUGGAUUGGAGCCUGGUGGCUGGGACUGCUGAUCUCCUCAGGCUGCUUGGUGCUCACCUCCAUUCCCUAUUUCUUUUUCCCUCGGUACAUGCUGAAAGGAGAGGACCUGACCGUGGAGGCUGGCAUGCUCAGGAAGAUGGAGAAGCGGGCGGCUGAAGAAACUUCCCUCCUGGAGUUUAUAAAAAGAUUCCCAAAGAUCUUCCUCAGGCUGCUCCUCAACCCCCUCUUCAUCCUCCUGGUGCUGGCUCAGUGCAGCUUCUCCUCGGUCAUUGCGGGUCUGGCCACUUUCCUCAACAAGUUCUUGGAGAAGCAGUACGGUGCCUCCUCCUCGUACGCCAACUUUCUCAUAGGAGCUGUGAACCUGCCAGCAGCAGCGCUCGGGAUGCUUUUGGGAGGAAUCAUCAUGAAACGCUUUGCCUUCUCCCUCCGGGCCAUCCCCCGGUUUGCUGUGGUGGUCCUCGUUUUCUCCAUCCUCAUCUGCCUGCCCAUUUUUUUCAUGGGCUGCUCCACAGGGCGCGUCGAUGGGAUCUACCCCCCCAGUACAUUGAGUUCCCAGCAGCAGGUUAAGACACCGAGUGGGUGCCACUGCUCUGAGCACAUCUUUCACCCAGUGUGCGGAGAAAACAACGUGGAGUACAUCUCCCCCUGCUUCGCUGGCUGCACAAACAGCACCGCUAAUUCUUCCACUCCCAACCAAGUGAGCUACAAGAACUGUUCCCUGAUCCUUACUGGGAACGGGCCGUCCUCUGCCAAGACAUGCUCCUGUCCGCUCAGCUGCUCCCACAUGCUCCUUCCUGCCGUAUUCCUCAUCUCCUUUGCUGCCCUGGUAGCCUGCCUGUCCCACAACCCCCUCUACAUGAUGGUUUUACGGGUGGUGAACCAGGACGAGAAGUCGUUUGCCAUCGGAGUCCAGUUCUUACUGAUGAGGCUGCUGGCCUGGCUGCCAGCUCCAGCCAUGUUCGUGCCCUCAGGUGCCCUCAUCGACUCCUCCUGCAUCUACUGGCAGAAGCAGUGCACCCAGCGCCGGUUCUGCGCCUACUACAACAAUGACUUCCUCCGCAACAGAUACCUGGGGCUGCAGGUGGGCUACAAGGUGGUGGGCACCAUCCUCCUCGCCCUCAUCAGCUGGAAGGUGAAGAGGAGCAAGGAGUACAACGUGCAGGAGAAGGCAGCGGGGCUGAUGUAG